AUGUUCUCGCGUCUGCUGGCCUCAUGCGUGCUGUUGGCAACUCCCAUUGCCUCACAGUCCAUAACUUCCAUAUAUGAUAUUUGGCAAACGACAUGGAAUCGUGAUUCACUAUUCACUUACACCAAUCUUUCACCCAAUCCCAUUCCUUGGAACACGCCCGGAGCAAUCGGGCAGGCGGAUAUUGUCGUGGACGAUUCUACGGUCUACCAGCAGAUGAUCGGCUUCGGUGCUGCCUUGACCGACUCUUCUGCAGAGAUCCUGAGCAACCUUAAGUCUCAGAAUGCGGCAAACUACUGGAGUGUCCUGGGCUACUUGUUCGAUCCUACGGACAGCAAGAACGCCGCGGGUGUCUCCUACCUUCGUAUCCCACUUGGUGCAUCCGACUUCUCUGCUUCCGUCUACAGCUUCGACGACGUCAGUGGAGACACUGCGCUCAACAGCUUCAACAUCGGCAACGCGCCGUCCUACCUGUUCUCUGUCCUCACCGACAUUCUAAGCAUCAACAGCGGCCUGAAAAUUCACCUUGUGCCCUGGUCGCCGCCGGGAUGGAUGAAAGACAGUGGAAGUAUGUCUGGAGGGUCGUUCCUUGAUACGUACACUGAUACCUACGCCAACUAUCUUUUGAAGUGUGUGCAAGGUUUCCAGUCCCAGGGUUUCAACGUAUGGGCAGUUGGCAUUCAGAACGAGCCCCAAAAUAGCAAUCCUUCGUAUCCAACGUGCCUUAUCUCCGCUUCCCAGGAGGCCCAGAUUGGUUUGUCUCUGAGAACGUUGUUGAACAACAACGGCUUCUCUAGCGUCAUUCUGAUUGGAUACGAGCACAACUGGAACGAUGCCGCGAGCUACCCGGAGCAACUCAUGCAACAAGCCGCCAGCGCAUUCGACGGCGUGUCGUUUCACUGCUACUCCGGGAACGUGAGCGAGCAGGCGACCUUCGAGCAGGCCUAUCCUUCCAAGUCAGUCCACUUCACCGAGUGCACGGGUUCGUAUGGCAGCGACUGGUGGAGUGAUAUCAAGUGGUACAUAGAUAACAUCUACUUUGGCGCUCCAAACUAUUGGGCGAAGACGGCAGCCAUGUGGAACCUUGCUCUUGACGGUAACGGAAAUCCGAUGCUUCCUGGAUCGAACAGCUGCAGCCCUCCCUGCCGCCCUAUUGUCACCGUCAAUAGCAACGGUAGCUACAGCUACAACCAGGAGUUCUACGCCAUGGCUCAGGCGUCUAAGGCCAUCCUUCCCAAGGACUCCGGCGGUCCGGUCGGUCAGCGCAUCGAGACGACCGUGGGCGGUUCGUUGAACUGGGGCUUGGUUGUCGCUGGCUAUGUUACUGGACGGGUUAGUUCCUCCGACUGGAAUCGGUACAGUCUCGUGGUCCUCAAUUGGGAUGAUCAGCCCAAUGGUUCUUGGGAUCCGACCCCAAUCGCGACCACCAUCGAGUUCCGCGGCUAUCAGGCUACAUACACCUUCCCUGUCGGAGUGACCACCCUCACCUGGUAUGCUCCCUCGUAA